AUGUUGGGAAGGCCCUUAGCGUUUAGUGUCGGACUGGCUAGUCUGGCCACUUGUGUCCAGGGCAUUGCAAUUGAUAUUGAGGGCUAUGGACGUGACCAGCUGGUUUUUGCUCCCGUUACUGGUUUUGAGAGUCCUGUUAGAAUCGCGUCAGAUCACGAGUCAUGUCCCAUAGAUGCCCCUCUCUCGUGUUCUACAGAGUCUGUUAAAGACAGUUGUUGUUAUGAGGGGACAAAUGGACUUUUCUUGUCAACACAAUUCUGGGAUUAUUACCCUCCUACUGGCCCUGACGACGUGUUUACACUUCAUGGUCUUUGGAAUGACAAGUGUAAUGGUGGCUACCAGCAGUACUGUAACCCAUCAUGGGGAAUCGACAAUGCCACCGAGGUCCUAGAAGAGUUGGGUUACACUGAAUUGUUGACCGAAAUGAAUCGUGUGUGGAAGAAUCUAUACAAGACGGACGAAGACUUAUGGCUCCAUGAGUUCAACAAGCAUGGAACAUGUAUGUCUACUGUUAAUCCCAAGUGUUAUGAUGCCAAUGCUGAAAGAUAUCAGUACGUGGGUGAUUUUUUCACCACCGCAGUUGAGCUUUUUAAGAAGCUCCCUACUUACGAGUUUUUGGCCGCAGCUGACAUUCAUCCUUCUACAACUGAGACAUACACUCUAGAACAGUUCCAGAAUGCAUUAUCACCUCAUGUUGGUGGAGCUUCGGUGUUCCUGCAAUGUGAUCAACACAAUUCCUUGUUAGAAGUUUGGUAUUAUUUCAAGCUUAAAGGAUCAGUAGCUGAAGGAACAUUUACUCCUGUGGAUGCUAUCGCCAAGUACAGCAAAUGUCAGGACAAGUUCUAUUGGGUACCAAAGGGUACCAAGAGAGGGGGUGGUGGAGGAGGAGGAGGCGGCGGCGGCGGCGGCGGAGGAGGUGGUAGUGGUACUAGAGGAUAUCUCAAACUAAGUGGUCAAGAUGGCUGCCUUAUUGGUAAUGGUAGAUGGUAUACCUCGGGAACAUGUGCCACCUACACCAUAAUAAAUACUGUCGGAGGCAUCAAUAUCAAGUCAUCCAAAGGAUAUUGUAACAUCGUAGAUGGCGCUUUCACUUGUAACCAGGCAGUGCCGGCUGGUGACUUCACUCUUGAAGAGAAAAACGUGAUUUCUUAUGGUGGCGAGACAACCUGGAGCGCAUCCAACAGACCUCAUGGUACUCAACAGACCAACAUCUCACCAGGCGAUGAUGCAGGUGAUAUCAGCUUCGAGCUCAAAUUUGUUCCUCGCUAG